AUGGCUAGUCUUAUUUCGGGAUUUUGUGCUCUCAUUUUGAUAUAUCACGCCAACUUUCGUCAAAUGGCCUAUCAUCUAAACGUCAAGGUAUGUUGGAGAAUUGAAAAAAAACACAUAAAUGCUCCCACCCUCCAUGGAAUCCACACCAAAUUCACCACAAUCUAAUGCGUUAACCAUUUGACUACACGUCAUUUUAAAACAGUGAAAAUUCUUUUGACACGUUUUUUUGUUUUGCAAUUACUUGAUGAGCAUAGUUCACAUCUCGCAAAAAUCUCUUGGCGGCUGAAAAUGAACGUCAUAUUUAUCAUAUUUGUCAAAAAUUUGUACUCUUUGUCAAAUACAAAUACAAUAUCAAUUUGACAGCAAAAUAGACGUCAAUUCACGUCAAUUUUUUUUGAAGUUAUAGAAAUUACAAUGUAAAAAAUUGGAAAGAGCUCUACAGUAUUCCAUAGAUUGAAAAAAAACUACCGUAUUCUAGCAAGCUGGAUAUUUAUAUAUUUAAUUUGUGGUAAAACAAAUUGUACUCACAAUUAAGUUCAAAAUGCUAUAUAUUUACAGUAUUCUAAACUACAACUUAUAUUUUCAGUUAUUAUUUUGGAUAGAGAAAAAAAAUGUUUAAAAAAUAAAAUACCAGAAGUUUUAUGAGUUACAAAAGCGAGAAUUCUAUAUUUGCAAAAAAUACUUGCAAUAUCACAUCUGAAUGUGAGAACAAACUUCAAUUGACAUCAAACUUUAAAAAAAACUUAAUAACACCCUUUAAACAUCGCAAAAACUUAGUGGUUAAAGAUUGGAUUAGUAGACUCUAAAAACAUCCAGUGUUUAUGUUCACUUCAAUGCAAUCAACACAAUUAAUUUUUAGAUUAUCCUGAUUGCAAUUAUUUUCACCAAUUUGGUCAUUACCGGAACAACUUCCUACAACUUUUCUUCGUUUUUCUACAAAAAUCAUUUCCCAUCGGAUAAUUGCGAAGAUUUCUUCUUUGUUACUUCACAAUGCUCGCAAAUUCGCAAAAUGUUCAUCUGCGCUUUUGUUUUCCAAACUUGCUGCCAUGUUUUGCUUGUAAUCGAAAGAACUUGGGCCACUUUCAGACUUUCGAAAUAUGAUAAUGAUAAUUGUGUGAUUGCUAAAGUUGGAAUCUUCAUUUCGGUGAGUUUUCAUGAAAGUUCAAGAAUAGCUUUAAAAAUUUUCGAUCAAAAUACCACUUACCUCGUGACAUCAACAGACAGAUAAUUGAAAAAAAAAUCCAAUUUUGGCUGGGCAAAAGUUUAAUGAAAAAACAUUUUUCUAAUACAGAAUGAAAAAUCAAAGAUUACUCGCUCGCUAUUCUGAUGUCACCUGAUUUAUUAUAUUUAUUUUGAAAAUGUUCAUUUUCAAAAACAUCCUAAAUUUUUCAGCUUCUGAUUUCAAUGGUCACAACACUUUUGGUAACAAUGGAUGAAAAGGAAGAACUUAUGACAACUUGUAUGGCUUUUUCAUCGACUUCAAUUGGAAACAACAUUUUCGUCAUGUUCCGCUUUCAAGCUUGCAUUGAGAUUUGCUGCUUUUUCGCUUAUUAUUAUCUUCACAACUUCAAUCGCUCAAAGUCAGUUUUUUUGUUGAAAAACAAUUUUUUCUAAAUAUAAAUAUGAAAUUCAGGAGGCACCGCUUCAUGAAUCUUAAUGACCAAUAUCAACUCGAUGAAAAUGUUCAAAUGAUUCGUCAAUUCUCCCCACUCUUCCUUGUUUCGACUGGUUUGAUCUCGAUCUAUCUGAUGGCCAUUCAACUGCUCCGUUUGUUCCGCAACUGUUUCACCGCCACUGAAUACCGUAGCAUUGCAGUUAACAUCUUUGUGAGUUUUUAAUGAGUUCAAGAAACCCUCUACAUAUAUCAUAAAGAAUUUUUCUGAAGAUUCCAAAGGUUGAAUUUUUUUCGCAAAAUAAAAAACAUGAUGUCUAGUUUCGAACUUCAUAACAAAAAAAUCUUAAUUCAUUCAAGCCCUUCCGAUCCAGUUACCCAAAUUUAUUAUAUUCAUUCUUUAAAAAUUAAAUUUUUUCAGAUCAUCCCACACAUCUCCUGCGCAUCAUUCCUCAUUAUCCUCUACAUGAUGCGUAAAAUUCACAAAGAACGUUUGGAAACUCGUCUCAAAGCGAUUGACACUACUUUUGUCGAAUCUCGUGCUCAUAUGGACACUAUAAUGAAGCACUGGGAUAAUUUAUCACCCCGAAAACUUGAUUAA